GCCUUGUAAGAAUGAAGGCUUUUUAGGAACGCUACAAUCACGUAGCAGAGCCGCUUGCCACUCGAUUAACGCUAACGUUGAAAAGUAUGUAUGCAGGUCAAUCACUGACUGUGGACUUCCUUUAGGCAGUUACCAAAGAGGUGACAAUAGAAUGGAGAAGGCGACUCCAGGUCAUUAAUACUGGCGAUGCUCCGAGGGUAGUGGUCGGUCCUUUUAGAACAAUGGUUUAAUUGAGACCCUUUCUCUGGUGUGGCAAUGCGAAGUUACCACACGGUCGUGACGGUCCACACCAGCUGGGUAUAUAUGAAUAGUCCGAUCUGGUUUUGCAGGAAUAACCACACUCCAAGCCCUUGAUCGAUAACUUCCAAGUCAUCUUCUGGUUUAUAGUUCCACUUAUUCACCUCAAACAUGUACACAACCUCCAAGAAGGACCAUCGCAUUAUCAUGGGGACCGACCGAAGGCCAAACCCACUGCGCUAUGUGAAUCUUGAGGAGUGGGACGAUGGUACCUACGGUGACAUAUCAUUUCAAGAAUCCCAACCGGAGACCCUCGAGGAGCCAUGGCCAUAUAGAUUUCGGAAUGGCGAGAGCGUGUGGAUCCACUCCACAGGUUAUGAUUGGUAUCAAGGGAAAAUUUCUGGACAACCCAAGGCUGCCCAGACGAAGAUGGGUGAUGGACUUUUUUGGCCUGUCACUUAUAAUCGUAAUAAGCGCAGAUAUGCAGCACCUCUCAAUGGCGAGUUGAAGCCUGAUACUCCGCCUAUAAGGAAGAUGCUGGAGGAGGCAGGUGUCUUGUAAGGUGCUGGCACCUACUCACCGUUUCCUUAUUUUACACCGUAUUAUGUUCCAUGUACAUAUACAAUGACCGACAUUGCAUUGUAACACUACCACACAUUCACCGACGCCAUAGUAUCCUAUUGUUUUGCCUUUAAAGAGUUGUUAUCCGGAUCGCUCUGGUUGUCUUGUUUCUUGGAGUAGACUUGACCCAAAUUAUAGGCGCAUGUGUGACGUGCGUGACUGAAAUCUCUUCUAUCACGAUUAACAUCUUAAUCCACGACUAAGACAGACGACCACCAUGACGAAGACGUAUCUUAUGAAC